ACACACCUGCGCAUUAUGCUUUCAGGGCAUUCUGCUACGGCCAAUCAUAAAGCAGAGCUCAGGCUUGAAACAUUGUCCAGCCUAUUGCACCGCAGUCUGAUUUCAAUCAUCCCGCCCCUCCAGUUCGCUGCAGAAUUCAUUCUCUCAGCUAGGAAGUGGCUCUGUGUGAGGAGAGCUCCAGCAACAGCGCGGGGAAACCCUCAGGUUGCACAAAGCUUAGCCAGCUGUCAAAGGAUCUGCACUACUCCUGGUGAAAAGAUGUCUACCUCUUCUGGCUACUGGGUGUCUGAGAAUGGAAGUACUUCAGAUAGGGACAAUGUAUUUUAUGAAAGAACGAGAUCAUACAAUCCAGUCACCAAAAUGAUUCAGGUUAUGGAUAAUUCUGCUCCUUUGAGUCCUAGAGCCAAUCCUAGCCCUGUGUACCAGACUGCUGAGCAGCAAUUUCAAAGAGUUCAACAUAUUCAGGAUGUUCCUAAUUCACAGCAAGAAACUGUAAGAACAUACAUCGUUCAAAAUACUGAGCAGGAGGUGCAGUCCCCAAACCCAACUUCAACCAUAAGAAGAUACGUUGUUCAAAACCCUGAGCUGGAGGUGCAGUCCCCAAACCCAACUUCAACCAUAAGAAGAUACGUUGUUCAAAACCCUGAGCUGGAAGUACAAUCUCCUUACACACAACAGGAAACUGUUAGAAGAUACAUUGUUCAAAACCCUGAACAGGAAAUGCAAAUGCCCUACUCACAACAGGGAACUAUAAGAAGAUACAUUGUUCAAAAUCCUGAGCAGGAAGUACAAGGACCAUAUCAACGUGAAACUGUACGCCAAUACAUAGUUCGGAAUCCAGAACAGGAAAUCCCAGCACCGGCUCAACAUGAAACUAUUCGGCGAUACAUAGUGCAGAAUCCAGAACAGCAAUCGUAUUUGAAGGGGGUGAAUUAUAUUCCAUCCAAUAAUGUUAUCUACGAAAAGACGAUCAGAAGAGUCGAAAAGGCAAAUUCUGAAGUGGAUAAACUUUCCCAGAACACAAGAACAAUGAGUGUAUCCUCUGGAACUGAUCAAGUUUUCGACCAAAAUAUUCAAACCAGGAGUUCAGUGCAGACAUUUGAGCAGGAGAUUGCUCCUACCCAGGAAAUUCAGCAGAAAGUAUCAGUGAACCUGACUGAGCAGGUGAAUGUUAAUGUGGGCCCCGAGCAGCUGGACGCAAGGUAUUUUGGAGAACUGUUGGCGGAGCUGAGCCGAAAGAACAAUGACUUAUACAGUAUCUUGACGCAGCAUGUGGAGAAGAUCGGAGCAAGGAAGCUGUCUGAAUCUGAUGAGCAGGACAUUGAAUCAUUAAUCCCAAAAGGGGUGUCUGAACUCACAAAGCAGCAAAUUCGUUACCUCCUACAGAUGAGACAAACCUCAGACAAAUCAACGAGACUGGUGCUAAACACCUUCAACAGCCUGCGUGAGGAGCUGAUUCACCUGCAAGAUGAUCUGAAUAAACUGGACACGGACAAGAAAAGUCUGGAAAGAGAUUUGACCUUUAAGGGCUCUCAAAUAAAGGAGUAUGAAGCCAUGCUGGCAUCUCUGAGAGAAAAGAAUCGACAGCAGCAGCAAGAACUGAAAGAUCGCUCUCUGACAAUCAGCAGAUUAGAAGAAAAAAUCCUCAGUCUGUGCAACUCUGAAAAUGACAAAGAAUAUUGUCUAAAAGAGCUGGAAUAUGCAAAGAAUGCCUUGUACCAGGAAAAUCAGAAUCUGAGGCUGCAGAUUUCUGAUACUUGUUCAAGCCCAAUGCUGCAAACCAAGGCCGACGAGAUCUCCAAACAGUACUUGGAAAUGAUCGGUAACCUGAGAGAAGAAAAGGACAAGGAGCUUCGUAUCUUGAGAAGCCAGAUCACUAAAUUCCAGCAGGAAGUGGUGACCCGAGAAGGCAGCAGCGGUGAUUUGCAGAUGAGGUUGCUGGAGCUGACAUCUUCAUUGGAGGAAAAGGAAUCUUUAAUUAAGAGACAACAAGAGGAACUUUUCAGACUGCGUCAAGAAAGAGAGUCAAAAGGUGUAACCAAAGCUGUCAUCACAAAAAAGUACAGAAAUCAGUAUCCCAUCCUCGGGCUCUUGUCAGAUUAUAAUGCUACAGGACCAGUGAAACAAUCCCAGACAAUUGUCUUUGAGAGAACAGGGGAGAUGUGGAAACACGAAUACUUUGACACACCUUAAAGAACUGCUUGCUUCUUACAGGAAUGAAGGAGACCGCGCAGAACAGGGCUGUUUCCAGAAUCGCUCGUCCAGUUGUAGUCUGGGGACUGCUCUAAAUAAGAUGUACUAUUUUUCAGUCUCAGAGGAUCAGUCCAUUACUAACAGCCACUAUAAUAUAUAUAUAUAUAUAUAUAUAUAUAUAUAUAUAUAUAUAUAUAUAUAUAUAUAUAUAUAUAUAUAUAUAUAUAUAUAUAAUCCAACAAAAUGGAGUGGAGAUUAACCCUGGUCUGUGACCUAGUCCAAAGGACAAAUUAUAUAUCAAUCAAAAAAGUCCAGACAACUUGCAUAUAUAUAUAUAUAUAUAUAUAUAUAUAUAUAUUGGAAUGCAACACUGAAGUCAUUAUGGAGAUGUUUAUUGGCCUUUCCUCCUGCUUCAGUUCUCAAAUUUACCAAUUGUGCCCUGUAGAUGUUCUUGCAUUUUAGGAAUAAAUCAUAUUUUGAGGUGCAGAUGUUUAUAAAGUUCUGGCAAAGUCAGUGAUUGUUGCUGUCACUUUUGGCAAUUAAACAUUGUGAUGGGUACCUUUCUGUUUCUAUAUUUGCUCAUGAACCUGCCUCUUCCCAGCAACAUUCAGGUCACAUAAUCACAGCAAGUGAUUGGUUUUCUUUGCAUACAUUUGUGAGCAAUCUAAUCAAAUGAAGCUUUCAGUUGGCAGUUCCAUUCCAGUUGCCUGUCCCAGCUUGAGUAAAGCCACAGUACCUGCUAGAUUUUCACUGGAGUGAGCUCCAGCUUUAUCUUAGUCUUAGACAGGCUGGUUAAUGAAAUGGGCGCCAGUAUGAGUGCAUUUGUAUGGCAGUGGCAGGAAUAUGAGGUUGCAAACUCCAUUGGGGCAAUUAUUUACAAGUAUAACUAAACAUUCUCUGUAUAAUGCUACAUAACAUGUAUGUGUUAUAAAGACUAGAAAUGGAGCCAGCUCAUAGCGGUCAUUUACCCGAGCAAGAGGAGAACAUGAUUUUUUAUAAAAGCUGCCUAGAUGUUGUCCUUGCAGUUUUAUUCAGUGGCUGCUAUGAGCCAGAAAUAUUAUCCAUAAAUUAGAGUUUAGCAUUUCUGUUCCAGUAAUUUGGAGUCUGGUCAGUCAAUAAAAAAGGUUGGUUGGUGGUUUUUAAACUGAGAGCAGAUGAUUCCAUUUUUGUUAAGGCAAUUUAUGCUGCUGGUCCAAGGAGUGUUUGUUCUUUGCCCUAAAAAGGUCAGCUGUACUGUCUGAUCAACUGCCACAUACAACAUAUACAAUAUUAUUUGCAUUUGCUUUACCAACAGAAUCUCAUUUACACGUCUAGGUCUGUUUUAAUCCUCUACUCUUAAAAAAAAAAAAAAAAAAAACACAAAAUAAAAAUGAUUGCACUCUUUGUGGCUAAAAUAUAUGGACUGGAUCUUGUCGUACUGAAAAAUAGAUGAGAAGCUUUGUAAUAUAAAACGUUUUCUGUAUUGGCUAUGUUUCAUAGACUUUGGUGGCAUCUCUUGCAUAAUGCUAAAACUUGUGGAAUUCAUGUUUAUAAUUGUUAGGCUUUAUAAAAGUUCAUGUCUAGGUUUAUAUUAAUAAAUACUUACAUGUGACUGAAGAUGGGUAGAAAUGGAUGUACUACUGACCUGCGCGGUGAUAUUUCUUUAGCUGGUGCUCCUCCACAACCUGCACAGGGCCCUGACAUAUCACUACAGGGAUACAGCAAUGUUAUUACAUUAUUACAAUAUUGAUCUGUGAUGAGCUUCAGUGACAGAUAUACCCUGAUUUUUUGUUGUUGAUCUCCAACAACCCCUAAGCUUAUCUCUCUGCAGCAGCCCAGAGCACACUGAGCAUGUGCAGUGUCACUGACACUCAAGAAGAUGCCCUAACAAAAUCCAACAUGGCAGCUGCUGUGUACCACUUUGAAGACUUGGCUCAUUAUUGGGCUGCUGAACUUCAUGGACUGGUGUAGUAAGCUCCGUAUAUAAAAUACAGCGGAAGGUGUAGUAACUGUGCUUUAGCGACUCUUUAAAGCUAUUGUUGUAAACACCAACGUUCUACUCUUUUAGACUGGGGUUUCUCUCUAUGAAGUGUUUCUAAUGGUACAAGCCAUCUCUCUGUUUUUCAGAUGCACAUGUAGGUAACAUAAACAACUUGUGCCUUAAGGAAUAGUUUUUUCUAGAAUAAACCAAAAGCUUAGUAAUAAAUAUAUGGGGUACAUUUUGGGAAAGGUAUAUGUGCAUGAUUGGUGCAGAUGGCUUUUUUGUUUGUAAUAUAAUGUAAUAUUUUCUAUAAAACUGUCAUUUUUGUAUGUCGUAUUUCUUAGCUCUGACAAUAUGGAACAUGGAUUUAUGCCGCUUAAAAAUAAAGAUGCAAAACCAA